CAACAGACUAGACCAGACAUACAUUUAUGUUGCUUGCUUAUUAUUACCUUUCCAAAUUACUGAACUUUCUGUGUGUUGUGUACUGAUUUAACAUCAAAAAUCAAAUGAACCAUCACAGGGUUCUUUCUUUCUGUCACAGUUAAUGUUUGUAUUAAGAGUGACUGAGAGGGUGUUUUAGUUGUCAAUCAAAGGCGUUGUUGAAUUUUGUGUUUUUUUUUUUUUUUUUUUUUUUUGGUUGUUUGUUUUUGGGAUAUAUGAAAUGAGAUAUUGAGAAAUGGAGCAGGGCCCAUCUGGCGGUGAGGACCAUAGGUGUAGGAGAAGAGGGACUCCAAAUUGGAGGUGUAGUGAGAGAGCCUUGGAUGGUAAGGCUUUCUGUGAGAAGCAUCAUCUUUAUGUGGUGCUGAGGAACAAGAAGAAGAAGAUGGAGAAGGUUGCUCGUGAAAUUGGUGGUGGAGGGGAAAUGGGUUCUGAGAGAAAGAAGAGAAAAAGACAAAAACUUGAAGAUAUUUUGGGGAACCAAGAAGUGGGUCUUGGAGAUGAUAGUGUGCAAGAGUGGUUUGCUGGUGGUAGUGGUACUGCUGUGAGCGUUGGGGAAGAAAUUGCAAGGCUGUUUGGUGAGGUCAGUGAUGGAAAUGGUGGUCUGGGUGGUCUUGAGGGUGAAAGUUUACAGCUUUGGCCUGGUGGGGAUGGUCAAGCAUUUGGUCAAGGUGUAUGUGGAAAUGGCGGUCAAGUUCUUGGUGGCGGUGGUGUUAGUGAAGGAAUUCAAGGUGGGUAUGGUGGUCUGGGACUUGAUGGUGAAGCAAUUCAGUUAUGGGGUAGUGAUGAUGCUUGUAAAAAUGAUGGUGGGGUCCCUGGUGGGCAGGGAAUUCAGGUGGAGGGGUUUGGUGGGACUGCAUGUGACAUUGAAGGCCUGAUUCUUGGUGGUGGUGGAGGAAUUCAAGAGAGUUAUGGUGGGAAUAUGAGUGGAAUUGGUGGUCUUGAGGAUUUUAAUGGUAAAAAGGUUCAGCUUUGGAGCAGUGCAAAUGUUUGUGAAAAUAGUAGUGGGCUUUUUGGUGGUCAAGGAAUUCAUGGGGGUGGGUCUAUGGAGAAUGCUGGUGAAAAUGAUGGUCUGGGUUUUGGUACUGGAAGAUUUCAAGACCUGUUUAGCAAGGUUACUGGUGAAACUCUUGUUGAUGAAAGAAUUCAAGCCCUUUUUGGUGAAACUAGCUGUGGAAAUGAUGGUCUGAGUUUUAGCGGUGAAGGCAUCCAGUUUUGGUGUGAGGAAGCUGCAUGUGCAAAUCUUGAUGGUAAAGGAGUCCAAGGUCUCUUUGGUGAUAAUGUAUGUGUAAAUGGAGGUGAAGUUGGAGUUGGAAAUGGUGACAGACAAGAGGUGGUAGAGUCAAAAGGAAAGCGUGGCCGUCCGAAGGGAUCAAAGAAUAAGAAGAAAAGUUUGGGUACAGAAGAAUGUAUUGAAGGGUUGAGUGGAGUUACUGGUGAAAAUGGAGUUAGAGAUGAGGUUAAGUCGGAGGCUAAGCAGGGUAGGCCAAAGGGUCCAAAGAAUAAGAGGAAAAGUCUUGAGAUGGACAAAAAUGAGAGAAUGCCUGGUCAAGAAACUGCUUGUAUGACAGCUUUGGAUAAUGAGAGGCUGUUUCAAGAGGUUGAGAAGGAUAAAGAAUUGGCUGAAGAAGGAGCAAUUUCUGUUAAUGAAGUUAGGAAUGAGAUUGUUGAACCAAAGCCAAAGCGCGGCCGACCAAAGGGUUCAACGAACAAGUUAAAGAAUCUUUCAGGUCAACAAAAUCAGGGAGUGCCUAGUGAAAUUAUGAAUAAUAAUUUCAGUGAUAUAGUUGUUUGGCCUACUGGUUUGGAGAAUGAGAUGCUGACUCCCGUUGGUGAAAAAGAGUGGAAAUUGCCCAUUGAAGCCACUCGUGAUGGUGAAGAUGGGGAUGAGAAUACCCAGCCAAAGUAUAAGCUUGGUCGACCAAAGGGUUCAAAGAACAAGAAGAAAAAAUCAGAAGCUCAAGAAAAUCAAGAAACCCCCGGCAAUAUUGUGGUUGUUAAUGAUGGUGGUGAUAAAACUCUUUGCCCAAUUGGUGGGGGGAAUGAAGGUGGAACUGAGAUUGUUCAGCAAAAGAAGAAGCUUGGUCGUCCAAAGGGUGCAAAGAAUAAGAAGAAAAAUACAGCAGGUCAAGAAAAUGAAGAAAUAGCUAGCAAAAUGGUGGUUGCUAAUAAUGGCUUUGAUGAAACUGUUUGGCCAUUAGAAUUGGAGUAUGAGAGAACUUUUAUAGGUAAGGAAGAUAGGGGAUUGCAUUUGGAAGCCACUAAUGAUAAUGAAGGAGGAGAUGAGAUUGUGAGGCCAAAUGAUAAGCCUGGUCAACCAAAGGGUUUAAAGAAUAUGCAGAACAUUCUUGCUGAUAAAGAAAAUCAGGGAAUGCUCUGCAAAGGCAGUAAUGAUGGUAGUUGGGUUGAAACUCUUGGGCCAAUUACAGUGAGUUAUGAGAAUGAGAGGCCUAUUCUUGUAAGUGAAGAAGAUAGGGGGAUGCCUGUUGAAGCCACUGGUGGUAAUGGAGGUGGAGGGACUGUCCAGCCAAAGAAAAGGCUAGGCCGGCCAAAGGGUUCAAAGAAUAAGAAGAAAAUUGUUGCAGAUCAAGAAAAUGAGGGAGUGACUGGUGAAACCAUGCACAGUAAAGAUGGUGGCAGAGCUGAGACUAUUUUGUCAAUGGAUUCUCAAUAUGAGAGACCUACUUUUGUAGGUGAAGAAGAUCAAGGGAUGCUGUUUGAAUCCACUGUUGGUGAUGGAACUGCAAAUGAGGUGAUCCAGCCAAACGAUAAGCUUAAAGGUUUAGAGAACAUGAAGAAGCGAGGCCGACCGAAGGGUUCAAAGAAGAAGAGAACUAUUAUCAUUGGUGAAGCUUUGAAAAUAGCAAAGACGCGUCAAGCAUUGAGGGAUUCUGGUGAUGUAGAGAUAAAGUCUAAUGAGUUAAUAUCAGAACCCAGCAGUGUUCUGAAAAGGCCUAGAGGGAGGCCCAGAAAAUUCAAGAAUAAAAAAAGAAACCCUGAUGGCAUUAGGGAGGGAAGAUCAACUGAGGAUGGAUUGGAAAAUUCAGGAUUUUCAGAUGAUUCUAGUAAGAAAAAUCAAAGGAGUUUACCGUGCCACCAGUGCUGGAGAAAUAAUGCAUGUGAUAUUGUUGUUUGUUCCAAUUGCAAGAAGAGACGCUAUUGCCACAAGUGCCUUGCAAAGUGGUAUCCAGAUAAAUCAAGAGAAGAUGUGGAGAUUGCAUGCCCUUUUUGUUGUGGUAAUUGCAAUUGUAGAGUAUGCCUCAAGGAGGAAUUAAAUGUGAUGGUUGGACAUGAACAAGAAGAUAUGGAUACCAAUGCCAAAUUGCAAAAAUUUCUUUAUUUGCUAUACAAAACUCUGCCUCUUCUCAGGCAUAUUCAACAGGAGCAGAGCUCUGAAUUAGAUAUUGAAGCCAGCAUACAUGGUGUCAAAAUUAUGGAGGAGGAUAUUUCAAGAUCUGUACUUGAUGAUGAUGAUCGAGUGUAUUGUGACAACUGCAAUACAUCUAUUGUCAAUAUCCACCGAAGCUGCUCCAAUCCUGAUUGCUCUUAUGAUCUCUGUCUCACUUGUUGCCAAGAACUAAGAAAAGGAUUUCAGCAUGGAGGUGAUGAAACAGAAUCUUCCCACCAACAAGGACCAUGUGAUCAAAAUACAGAAUUGAAUGGUCAGACUGCAAAUGGAAAGAUAUUUGGUUGGGACAGCCAUAUGGACCUUCCCAUAAAUGAGAGCAUGGCUGACAUGUCUUUUAAUGUUCCUGAUUGGAAUGCAGAGGUUGACGGUAGGAUUCCUUGCCCCCCAAAAGUGCGAGGAGGUUGUGGUAGGGAGAUGCUUGUACUGAAACGCAUAUUUGAAGCAGAUUGGGUUGACAAUUUGAUUAAGAGUGCAGAGGACCUAAUUGUCAAGUAUCAGCCACCAGAUAAUGAUUUUUCUCAAGGAUGUUCUUUGUGCGAUCCUAUGAAUAUUGCUCAAAAUGGAUCAAGAGAUUCUGAAGUAAGGUGGGCAGCUUAUAGGGAGAGUAGUCAUGAUAACUUUCUCUAUUGCCCAAAUGCGGUUCAUUUGGAGGAUAAUGACUUUGAACAUUUUCAAAUGCAUUGGAUGCAAGGUGAACCUGUCAUAGUUAGAAAUGUACUUGAAAAGGGUUCUGGUCUUAGUUGGGAACCAAUGGUCAUGUGGAGGGCAUUUAUUGGGGCAAAAAAGAUAUUAAAAGAGGAGGUAGCGAAGUUUAAAGCUAUUGAUUGCUUAGAUUGGUGUGAGGUUGAGAUUAAUAUCUUCCAGUUUUUCAAGGGUUACCUACAUGGCCGUAGUUACAGGAAUGGGUGGCCAGAGAUGUUGAAGCUGAAGGAUUGGCCUGCAUCAAAUUCUUUUGAGGAGUGUCUGCCCAGACAUGGUGCUGAAUUUGUUGCGAUGCUUCCCUUCUGUGACUAUACAAAUCCUAGAUCUGGUCUCCUGAAUCUAGCUACAAAACUUCCUGCUGUUUUGAAGCCAGACCUGGGACCCAAAACAUAUAUUGCUUAUGGAUCUUUAGAAGAGCUUGGUAGAGGUGAUUCAGUGACAAAACUACAUUGCGACAUUUCCGAUGCGGUUAAUGUAUUGACCCACACAACAGAAGUAAAGAUUCCUCCAAGACAGCGUAAAUUCAUAACCAAAUUAAAGAAGAAAUAUGAAGCUGAAGAUUUGCAUAAACCUUGUGAUGGUACACACAAGUUCCCUAGUACAUCUGGAAGAAAGCGACGAAAAAGAUCUCGCAAAGGUAAAAGAAAAGUUCAUGGGUAUUCUGAAAAGGCUGACAUUAUUGAAAGUGACUCUUGCUUACUGGAAAGGCCAAAUAUAGAGGAAGGAACACUGGAUGAACAACAAAAUAAAUCCUUGGAUUUUGGAAGUCCUUCUCCAGAAAGUUUACUGAUUGUUAAGUCACAGAGCGAUUCAGUUGGAGAUUUUCAUAAAAGGGUUCAGAAGUUUGAUCUUCAUAUGUGUGAUUCUAGCUCUUCUUUGCUGGGAGGGAAUUGUGAUAGGGCAUGUGAUAUGGUUAAGGACAAGGUUGAAUUGAUAAAGCGCUUGUCACCAUGCAAUGGUCUUGCUAAAGAUACCUUGUUAUGUGAAAGAAUGGAGCUCGAACAAAGCACUCAAAACAACUAUGAAAAAGAAAACGCUUUAGGUUUGAAGGUAAAAUUUGAUGAGUUUUGCUCUCUCAAAAAUCAGCCUGACACAUGCACCAGCGUAGUUGACUUGAAUUCAUCCAUUGUGCCUACUUGCAUAACUGGGGACUUUAAAACAAAUGUGACUGAACAACCUAAAUUUAAAGGAUCCUGCAUUUGCCAAUGCAUGAAUGUCAAGGAGAACUUUUCACCUGAUGCGAUAAUUGCUGGUACCAACCAUACUGCCACUAUUGAAAUUAGUUGUGCCAGAUGCAAAAUUCCUGCAAUUGAAGACGUUAGUGCUGAUCUGCUUGAUGCCCAGAGUGAAAUGGUUGAAACUGAUAAACACGUGCCUUCAAGUUCGGCAGUGACAAGGACGAUGACAAAUUGGAAUGGUUCUGUGGAGGUGACAUUUGCAGGCAGCCACACAGAUGGUACAAAGUCAGACCCAGUUCAGAUAGCUGUAGAUCCCAACUCCUGUGCAAAAAGUUGGGAAGUUUCUGAUGUCCCUUUAUCUAAAGAGCAGCUCUCAGGCCCUCACCGUCCUGUAAGUGGAACUGCUGCUGGGUGUAGCUUCACCUUGUCAGAUGGGGUUGCUACAGGCCUCAACUGUCCUGCUACUGAAGAAUUUUGGUCUACUUAUGAAGGUGAUGCUAAAGAUGUAAGAGUUGAAAGAGAUUCAGGUAAUCUAAAACAUUUUCAGCCUUCAAGUACAAUGGCAGAACUUAAGUCUGUCAAGGGGGAAUACUCUUCUGGUGCAACAGUUUCAGGCAAUAUAAAUAACAACUUAGAGCCAGCCAAACCAGAAAUAAGUUCCACCAGAGAUCCCCUUCAAAACAAAGAUAUUUCAGAGGUUGCAUAUGGAUGUGCUGUAUGGGACAUUUUCCGUAGGCAGGAUGUACCCAAGUUAAUUGAGUACUUACGGAAGCAUCACAAAGAAUUCUGCCACAUCAGUAAUCUUCCUGUAAAUUCUGUUAUUCAUCCUAUUCACGACCAAACCCUUUAUCUAAACGAGAAGCAUAAAAAGCAGCUGAAGGAAGAGUUUGGUGUUGAACCAUGGACAUUUGAGCAACACCUUGGCGAGGCCGUGUUCAUUCCUGCAGGAUGCCCACAUCAAGUGAGGAAUAGACAGUCAUGCAUAAAAGUGGCCCUUGACUUUGUUUCCCCUGAGAACGUUCAAGAAUGCAUCCGGCUGACAGAAGAGUUUCGUCUGCUCCCAAAAACGCAUAGAUCUAAAGAAGAUAAAUUGGAGGUUAAGAAGAUGGCACUAUAUGCAGUUUCUAAUGCUGUAAAUGAAGCCAAAAAUCUAAUGUCCAAAAUUGAUUCAUCAAAUGGAGACAAGAAAGCCCAGGAGCAUCCAUUUUAAUUGAUGGCUCUCAUGAAGGAAAAAGCCUUAACUGUAAAGAAAGUAGUUGCUGAAUAGUAUGUUGAAUCCUGAAUGUCUUCGGGACAUUUUUGUUUUAGAAUAGUUUGGGGUCGUCAAUGAUGUCUUACUUACUCAACUAUUGAUUCUAUUAUCUUUAGUCCUGAAGAUUACUCUAGGCCUACAUGUUAGUUUGCCAGGAGUGUACAGAAUAAAUUUUUGAAUGUUACUUGGCUUGCAUGUUGCGACCCUAACUAGUCUAUUGAGAAUCGAUAGCCGACCCCAAAAUUUAGGGAUUAUGGCUUGGUUGUUUUUGUGAUACUAAGCCUGCAUGUUAGCAAUAACCUUGCUGCCCUUCAGGAAAGAACUACUUUUGGCCAAUGAUGUUUAAUGGGAAUAGUAUGAAAGCCAUUUGGAUGUU